AUGGAGACAAUAAUCUACUCUAGCUCUGAUGAAGAGGACUCAUAUGGAUGUAGUCAAGACUCGUACUACAACGAGACUAGAUUUGUUGAGUCAUGGCAUGAUGAUGGCUACUCAUCAAGCUCGGAUUUUGAGGAAGAACCAGAUGGUGGAGCACCUGAACCGGAACCACCAGACCGUUAUAGCAGCCAUGCCACACCGCCGAGCUAUUCGAAGCCAUGGAUCUCAUGGAAUCCCAUACCCAAGACCAAUUUCUAUCCUACUUUCUACCCCACUCGCAAAGUUAUAUACAAAUUAUUUGUGCAUAAUGGUAGUAAAACUUACGGACCUGAAUUCUUUUUGUUUUCAGGAUUGGGCUAUCUACAGUGGGAGAGUAAUAUGAAUUACUAUUUUGAGUUUCAUUCCACAGCACAAGAAGACAAGCUUUCGAUUGCCCUAGGACAACUUAAGGGUAGUGCUUUGUGGUGGUGGGAUCAAGAUGAGUACAACCGAUGGUAUGAAAGGAGAGCACCGAUCCGAACAUGGGAGAGACUAAAGUGGAACAUGUGUGCAAAAUACUCCCCACAAAGUUUGUCACCAGCACAUGUGGUGCAACAAAAGCAAAAACCAACAUUUUUGCCUCAAAUGCAAGCGACAACUCAAGGUAAGUGUACUUUUCAAACAAAGCAUGUUGAACUAACAUGUUACAGGUGUAAACAAGAGGGACACAUUGCCAAGAUCUGCCCCACGAGAGAGACUACAACAAAGGUAGGAUUGGAGCAACAAGAAUUGUUAAAGGCUAAAGAGAAACAAGAAAUUGUUUCAAGUCCAAAAGGUAAAAAUGAACAAGCCGAAACUUGUCAAACUGAUUUAAACAACUCAAUGAAUGUGAUAACACACUUGUCUAGUGCCAAAAGCAUUGCGAAAGUUUCAGGUACAAAAGAAAACAUUACAGAUCAAGGAGAAGCUUCAACAAUGGAGAAAGUGUUCACGGAAGAAAGUAAAAACCAAGGAGGACCAACACUGGACGAAAUUACUGUGAAUAAAGAUGAGAGUGUCAAUGACACUAUUCAGAUCAAAGGAGAACCAUCGGAUGCUCAACAAUUUCCCAAAACUCAAUGUAACCUUCUAAACCCUUAUACACUUCAAUGGACUAACUUGACUUAUCUAUGUGUAGGUAAAAAAGUUUUGAGGACAAAACCUCUUGAAGAAGGAGGGGAUGAUGUAAGAAUGGGAGCUGACGUACCGGCUGAUGCACUUGUUGACAGACUGCUUGCUGGAUUUUUUGAUGGACUUUCUGACGGACUACCUGAAGUACUUCACGUAUCAAACCAGCUUGUGCGAACUAAGGAAAGCUAUCCUUUCCUUCCCUUUUGUGCGUCCCAGAGCCACAUAUGGAAGCUUGGAGAUCCUUUACGCCACCCAGAACCAUUCACACUUAAUCCUUAG